AUGGCGCCCACGUUGCCGUCGACCGGCCUCGCGUCCCUCCCGCCGACAGUCGACUACGAGGCGCGGCGCGCGGGCUUCAAGAAGACGCCUUUCUUCUCCGACCGGCCCCAAACCGAGCACGAGUGGCGCGAGGGGCUGCUGCAUGCGCAGCGAAGCAGCUGGCGCGUCGAGCGCCUGGAGGCCCUCCGCGCCCAGUCCCUCCGCGAGCUCUGCAGACUUACAGAGGACAGCGACGAGGGGCCUGCGGCGCCGCCGGAGGAGGCGCACGAGGAGGCACAUGACGCCGCGCAGCCGGACUACAGCGCGCGAGGCGAGAGCGAGGCCGCUCUCGAUGCGGGCGCGGGCUCUCGGAGCGACUCCAGAUGCGCCAGCGCGGACGCCGAAGAGGCGCUGCGGGCCGCCGGGCUGCCCGCGGGCUUCGCUGGACGCGACGGGGGGCGCGAACGGAAAGGGACGGGCGCGUGGUGGCGAAAUAAAACGCGCCGAAAUCGAGUGGAUCGCCGCGCAGCUUCUCAGCAAGUCCCCGACGACGUGGCCGUCGAGGCGAGCAUGGACGCCGAGGCGUCGCCUUCUGCCGGCCGCCUGCACCACCCAGAGGAGGAGGAAGAAGACGUGGAGGGCGACGCGCAGGCGGAGAUGGAGAGCUUCGCGGCAGGACCCGACGCGGCGCAGCGGCGGGGUGGGGGCUCGCGAGGCGGGUGGAACCGCCGCCGCCGAGGCAAGCCGCACGCCGGCAGGCGUGCGGUCUCUUCCUUCGCCGGCAUGCUCGCCAUUCCGACGCCCAUCGUCAUUCCGCAGCUCGCGCAGAGCGACGCAGGACUUGCCCUGGAGGCCGAAGCGGACCACGGGGCAGGCGCCGCGACCGCAGACGCGCCGCACGCAGAACGCCCCAGUGUCCUCCUCCCGGGAUUCGCCUCUGCUGCAGAGGACUGGUUCGUUUACCUGCGUCCGGAGGGCCGGCGGUGUCUGCUGGUGAUGAACGAGGGCAUGGGGGCGGUCGUGGACAAGCGCGGCGUCGUGCGGGCACUUCUGCACCCGCAGCCGUUCCACGCGCGCUUCGAGGAAGAGCAGCGCCGCGCGGUCGACGCCUGGCACCGGGAGCGCGCAGCGGAGGGCAUGUGGGUCGACGCCGCAGAGGGCGCAAACGCGGCGACGGCCUGCGUGCCCCCCGCGCCAGGGGAGGGGGCGGAGAAGAAGGAGAGGGAGAAGAAGGGGCUGGAGGCGGGAGGGAUCUCCGCGAACUCUCUCUUUCGGCAGCCGGCGUGGGCGGCGUGUCCGCGCUGUCUCUCCAGCUGGCUGACCUCCGGCUGGGGCAGCUGCGCGCGCGGCUUCACGGCGCUCGAGUGCGUGUGGGCGAACAGCCACGAUCUCCGCUGGCAUGACGUGCUCUCCGCUGCUGAGGAGGCGAAGAGCGUUCAGGAGAAGAAGAUCUUGGAGGUGUUUUUGGAGCGCCAGCAGCGCGAACGCGAGCAUGGCGGCUCCACGGCCUGCGCCUGCUGCUGCUUCUCGCUGCUGUUCGUGACCGACGUACUAUGGUGGAACGACUGCAUGCUGGGUCAGGCGCAAACGGCCUGUCGGCAGUUCUUCCUGCGAAGCAGGUUCGAGGAAAUGGAUGGCGGCGCCUCGCUCGCGCCGCUCCAGCUGCUCCCCUUCGAGGACUGCUCUGUCUCCACGCUGCAAAGUCUCUACUACCAGCAGCUGCAGCCGUGGCCUUCGGACUCUCUCAUUUUUCUCCAUCGCGAAGCGCCUUAUGUCGAGGCGCUCAGCGACUUCUGCCUCUCUUGGCGUGACGCGCAUUUGUCGCGCUUCCAUCUCGAUGAGCGUCUGGGGCCUGGUGGGCAGAUAAAGAGUGGAGACGCAGAAAAGCAAGUCAUUUGUCUGCGCGUCACGAAAGACUUCCAGCUGGCCACCGAAGAUGGAAUCGUACUGUCGUCGCCUGAAGACGAGGCGCGGGUUCGCGAGCUCGGCCUGAGGCCGCGAGAGAUCGUCAGGUGCUCGGUGGACGGCGUCACCUGCGAGGGCGAGACGCGGGCGGUAGAGGGCCUCUGCGUGGUGCGGCGUGUGCGGCUGCAUGUGCGACGGCAGGCAGACGCCUUCACGAGAGUGCUAGACCAGUUUUUGAAGCGCCAACUCGCGGGACGCACUCAAGCCCACGCCGGCAGCGGAGAGCCCUUCGCAGCCCUUCUCGUGCUUCUUUUCGGGGCCUCCUGCCAGCCCCGGUACUCUGCCAGAGCGUGGUGA